UUCAUUGUAUUGUAUCUUUUUAGAACGCACUAUUUUACCCUUGACCGCCGUUUCCUUGGUAACCAUAUGGACACAAAACAAAUCCGUGUAUGGCACAAGAUAUUGUUACGUUAAUCCAAUAAUAAACAAUCUGUUGAAUGUAACAGAAUGAGAGCACAUCCAGCAUGGGUCGACAAGGUGCAAGACAAGUCAGAUCAAUGUAUAUAUGAUCUUUGCUUUAAUCCAGAUGGUACACAGUUAGUUGUUGCAUCUGGCAAUCAGGUGCUUGUAUAUGAGACCAAUGAUGGUGCUUUGAUUCAACCAUUGAAAGGUCAUAAAGAUACAGUGUAUUGUGUAUGUUAUGCUAAGGAUGGUAAAAAGUUUGCAUCAGGAAGUGCAGACAAGAGUGUUAUUAUCUGGACUUCAAAGCUAGAAGGAAUAUUAAAAUAUUCACACAAUGAGGCUGUACAGUCAAUGCAGUUUAAUCCUGUCUCACAUCAGCUGCUCAGCUGUUCUCUCUCAGACAUUGCCUUUUGGUCUGCGGAACAGAAAGCUGUGCAGAAGCUCAAAUCUGGAGGGAGAGUCAAUUGUUGUGCAUGGACAAAAGAUGGACAAUACUUAGCUCUUGGUCUUGCAACUGGACAUGUAUCCAUAAGAAACAAAAAUGGUGAAGAGAAAACAAAGAUCGAACGACAGCUUGGAGUACCAAUCUGGAGUUUGUCAUGGAAUCCUUUACGUGAUGACUCUACAGACAUCCUCUGCAUCGCCGAGUGGAAUGGAGUGAUCUCAUUUUACACUAUUGGUGGAGAAGCUGUUAGAAAAGAAAGAUCGCUCGGUUUCAUACCGUUAAAAAUCGUUCACUUCCCAGAAGGCCAAUAUCUUCUCGUUUGCGGCAGUAACAAACAAUGCUUGUUGAUGACGCAUGAUGGUAUACAACUGGUUACUGUAGGUUGUAGCUUCUCGUCGUGGGUGUGGAGCUGCGCUAUUCAUCCGACUGCUUCGCACGUUGCGCUCGGUUCUCAGGAUGGUACGAUAACAUAUUUGCAAUUGUCCUGGAACGUUGUGCAUGGCCUGUACGGGGACAGGUACGCCUAUAGAGAGAACAUGACCGACGUAAUCAUACAACAUUUAAUCACGAAUCAAAAAGUUCGAAUUAAAUGUAAAGAUCUGGUAUGUCGCAUCGCAGUUUACCGAAACCGACUAGCUGUGCAAUUACCGGAGCGUGUGAUCAUCUACGAACCAUCCGGUACGAGCGACGGAAUGCACUACAGGAUACGAGAAAAACUCAACCAAAUGUUGAACUGCAAUCUGUUGGUUGUUACAUCGAACAAUCUAAUUCUAUGCCUGGAAAGGCGACUGCAGAGUCUCUCAUUCACUGGGAUAAUAGAGAGAGAAUGGAUACUGGAUGGACUCAUCAUGUACAUCAAAGUGGCUGGCGGACCCGCCGGACAGGAAUGCCUGAUAACCGGCUUGAAGACUGGCCACGUGAUGAAAAUAUAUCUAGAUAAUCCAUUUCCCGCGCACGUGACGAAAAUCGAGGACUCCGUGCGAUGCCUGGACAUCAGCUCCUUGAAAGAAAAGAUGGCGGUGGUCAGCGAAGCUGGUAUUCUCUCCGUGUUCGACCUGUGCACAGGCGAAAAAUUGCAGGAAUUCCAGAAUGUCAAUAGCGUGGCGUUUAACAUCGCCUUCGAGGACAUCAUGUGCUUCGCGGGCAACAAUUACCUCGCGAUUAAAGUGGCGAAUUUCUCCGAGUACAGGCAGAAGUUCUCCGGCUUCGUGGUGGGCCACAACGGCUCGAAGUUGUAUUGCCUGAACGGCUCGUCCAUCGUCACGUUGGAAGUGCCGCUGUCGUUGUUCAUGUACCAAUAUCUGGACAUCGGUUUGUACAAUCACGCCUACGAUAUAGCGUGCUUAGGCGUGGCGGAAUCGGACUGGCUCGCUUUGGGAACAGCAUGUUUGGACAAUUUGGAAUUGAACAUCGCAUACUCGGCUUUCGCGCGAGUGAAGAAGCUGCGCUACAUAGAGAUCGUAUCGGAGGUGGAGGAGAAGCUGAAGUCAGGUGAAUGGGGACGAGAGGCUUGCAUGGCCACCGCCGCUGCCGCCAUGGGCAGACUUCGCGAUGCAGCGAAGCUCUACCAGAAAGCUGGCUUGCAGCAGUACGCUUUGGAUAUGUAUUCCGACUUGCGGAUGUUCGACAUUGCUCAGGAGUUUAUAGCAUCUGGCAAUACGCAGGAUCGCACAGUGUUGCUACGACGGCGGGCCGAGUGGGCGAAAAGCCUGGGCGAGCCGCGCGCUGCUGCCGAAAUGUUCCUCUCCGCAGGUGACAUCGACCGUGCCAUCAGCAUCAUCGCAGAAUACGGUUGGAUCGACAUGCUGAUCAAAGUGGGUAGACAAUUGGACAAGGCUGACCGCGACAACCUAUCAAUGAUUGCUAAGAAACUGAAGCAACUGGGCGCCUCGCAUGGCGCAGCUGAGAUCUUCAGUCGGCUCGGAGAUGAUCCCGACGUCGCCGACGUGCUCGUGGACGCGCAGGCGUGGCCUGAGGCUUUCGAACUUGCGGAGAGGAAUCCGAAGCUGAAAUCGCGAGUAUACGGACCAUACGCGCGAUGGUUAGCGGAGACUGGACGGUUCUCUGAAGCUCAAGAAGCGUUCCAAAUGGCCGGACAACCGGAGGAAUCCAUAAUGGUGCUCACAAUGCUGGCUAACAACGCUGUCGUGGAGAAAAGAUUCCGCGACGCCUCUUAUUUCUACUGGCUAUUGUCGCAGUUGAGUUUGAACUUAACGAAAAGCACAGACGAAAUCAAAACGAUGUUCCUCAACUACUCCGACAAAGCAGACAUCUAUUACGCAUAUCAUGAAGUACACAAAUAUUUGGAAGAACCCUUCACAUCGCUGAUGCCGGAGGCAUUAUUUAACAUCUCGAGAUACUUAUUGAUGAAGACGCAGAGCAUACGUCUGGAAGGUGUGUCAAAGCUGACGAUAAUGUAUAGUCUAGUGAAGCAAGCUCGAAUAUUGGGAGCAAAUAAGUUGAUGAUGCAGCUGCUGGAUCAGCUGCGCGCGAUGAGAAUCCCUGCGAAUCUCUUGGCGCAAGUAGAGACGUCCACGUUGGCCGCCAGGUCUUACUCGUAUCGCGAUCCGGAAGAAUUGCUGCCACUGUGCUACAAAUGUUCCACUUUCAAUCCGUUGUUGCCGACAAACAACGUCUCCGGUAGUAAUUGCACGCAGUGCGGCCUGAAGUUCCAACAUUCUUUCGUCAUGUUCGAAAUCCUGCCGCUGGUUGAAUUCGAACUGGAGGACAAUAUUACAGACGAGGAAGCAGAAAAACUGAUAGAGGAGCCGUUACCGUCUGCCGAUGAUACUGCAAUGACCGAUCAAUUCACCGUGACUUCUAACGAGGCCGACCUGUUCACUGUUCGCUUAAUGAGAUUCGAGGAGAAGGCCAACAACCCUACGAUAACCGUGGGCAGGAGAGUGUUGAAAAGUAUGGAUCCAUCCACUGUGAUAAUCAUCAAAUGGCCGAAGCCCUUCAAGACCAGAUACUUUCGAAAUCUCUUACCCGACCUUCAGGUCAGCCUGUGCAAGUGCUGCUUAAAGUUGUUUCACUCGGACGACUACGAAUUAGCAUUACUGCGACACGGACACUGUCCAUUUUGUCGAACGGCAAGCACUCCGGCAGGUUGAAGCAUCAUGCGGGGAGUUCAGGAGUUCAAAUUCCUUGUAGAUCACGUGUACUUAUAUCGAAUUGUUAUAAAUUCUAUCGCUGUGUCUCGAACCACUAUUAUGCUUUUGUACAGCAUUUUGUCGAGACGAUAAUAGAUUAAUUGCUUUUUCA